AUGGAGGAAGAGAGGCGAGCACUUCUCAGCUUUAAACAAGAUCUCAGUGAUCCUUCUGGUAAGCUUUCUUCUUGGGCUGGUCACGAAUGCUGCCAAUGGACAGGGAUUUCAUGCAACAACCGCACUGGUCAUGUUGCAACGGUUGACCUCCGUAAUACAUAUCCAUACACCACUGUUGAUGAUCAGUGGAACACCGCGGAGUAUCUUCUAUCUUGUUUGGGGGGUAAGUUAAUUAAUCCUUCUUUGCUUGGCUUGAAACAUUUGAGUUACUUAGACUUGAGCUCGAAUGAUUUUCAAGGGACUCACAUUCCCAAGUUUAUUGGGGAGCUUACAAGUCUGAAAUUUCUCAAAUUUUCAAGUAUCCGGCCUUUGAAUUCAGUUGUGGGAGAGAUUCCUUCUUCUCUCGGUAACCUCUCAAACUUGAACUAUCUUGACCUCGGUUCUAGUUAUUAUCUUUCUUCCAAAAACUUGAAUUGGCUUUCUCAUCUCUCUUCCCUAAAAUACCCCAAUCUUGGAGGUGUGAACCUUAGCAGCACAGGAGUUAGUUGGCUACAUGAGGUUAACAUGCUUCCUUCACUCUUAGAGUUGCAUUUGUCUAGUUGCUACAUUGGUGGAAACCAGCUUCCACUCUCCAUGCCUACAAUUAACUUCACAUCACUUUUGGUCCUUGAUAUGUCAUUUAAUUUUAUUAAUUUUUCAUAUCCUAAAUGGAUGUUUAAUCUUACUAGCCUUACAAAAGUUGAUCUAAGUGGGAAUUCUUUCAGUGGCCCCUUUCUUGAUGAAUUUGUAAGACUCAAAUCUCUAGAACACCUUGACUUACAAAAUGUAGGACUCAAAGGUCAAUUUCCCAAAUUUAGUGAAAAUUUGUGCAGGCUCAAGUCAUUAAGUCUUGCAUGGAAUCAAAUUGAUGGGGAGAUUGAAGAGUUUUUGAGUGGUUUCUCAAAUUGUUCAUUUAAUAGAAUGGAGUCACUAGAUUUGCAUGUCUGUGGGCUGGUAGGCAAAUUGCCUAGUUCAUUGGGAAUGCUGAGAAGCAUGCAGCAUCUCGAUCUCAGCUCGAACUCUUUCUGGGGAUCCAUUCCAGAAUUUAUUAUCAGUAAUUUAUCAUCAUCCCUGAAGACACUUGAUCUCAGUGGUAAUAUUUUCAAUGGUUCCAUUCCUCAAAGUUUGGGAAAACUUUCUCAGCUAGUGAGCCUUGAUCUAUCUUAUAAUUCAUGGGAAGGCAAUUUAACCGAAGCCCAUUUCAUAAAUCUCAAUAAAUUAGAGUCUUUUGCAGUUGGCACAGUCCAACCUGUGCCCAUCAUUUUCAAUUUGAUUGAUUAUGAAUGGAUUCCUCCUUUCAAGCUCUACCACAUUGAAAUGCACAACUGCCGAGUAGGCCCCGGCUUCCCUGUAUGGCUUCAAUCUCAAACUGAGCUCGUGUGGGUCUCACUUAAGAAUGCUGGACUCUCGGGUCCAAUACCAGAGGAAUGGCUCUUUAAGAUAUCUCCCCAAAUCCACUGGUUGGAUUUAUCUUACAAUCAAAUAAGCGGAAAGCUUCCGUUCCGAUUCAACUCUUUUCCGAAUCAGGAGUCCAUAGUUCUGAGCCAUAAUCAAUUUGAUGGCACUAUUCCAUCAUCUAUUUGUAGCGUUCAAUCUCUAUAUGAACUUGCUCUGAAUAACAAUCAGUUAUCCGGAGAAUUCCCUAAAGAAUGGAGUUUGUGGAGCGACAUAGACACUGUGGAUGUCUCAAACAACAAUAUGUCGGGUAAUAUUCCAAGCUCAAUGGGCAUUCCAAGUUCUCUUUAUAUACUGAAAAUAGACAACAAUCAAUUUAGCGGAGAAAUUCCUUCUGCCUUGCAAAAUUGCUCUGGUUUGCAGAGACUUUAUCUUGGAGGCAACAAAUUUACUGGAAGCAUACCUUCUUGGAUAGGAUCAAAAGUAUCCACAUUCAAAGUGCUGCAAUUGCAAUCAAACUCUUUAAGUGGACAUAUUCCUCAUCAUUUGUGCAGUCUUCCUUUCCUUCAGAUCCUAGACCUUAGUCACAAUAGAUUUUCAGGGACUAUUCCCAACUGUUUGAAUAAAUUGACUUCUUUAAUCGAUAGUAGUUAUGGGGGCUGGAUCUACUCUGGUGAUUUUGAGGUAAUAACUGUGACUGUAAAAGGAAGAGCAAGUGAAUACUUCUCUGACAAUGUGAGGCUUCUAACCAUUAUUGAUUUUUCGCAUAAUGAUUUAGAAGGUGAAAUUCCUGAAGAAAUCAGCAGUCUCGUUCAAUUAGCUACAUUAAACUUGUCCAUCAAUCAAUUAAGUGGAAAUAUCCCCUCAAAAAUUGGAAACUUGCACUUGCUUGAAACACUUGACCUCUCCCAGAACCAGCUUUCAGGACAGAUUCCACAAAGUCUCGCUUCUCUGACCUUCUUAUCUCACUUGAACUUGUCUUGCAACAAGUUGACCGGAAGAAUUCCUUCGGGCAACCAACUUCAGACGCUCGAUGAUUCAUCUAUUUAUGAGGGCAAUCCUUCACUCUGUGGAUUUCCUCUUUCAAAUUGCACAGAAGAUGGAGGCAACAUGCAUGAGCCUCAGCAUGAUCAGCCUCAUGAAGCUGAUGAUGAAAAGCUUGGUUUAUAUACCAGCGCGGUGCUUGGCUUUAUCAUAGGCUUUUGGAGUGUUUGUGGCACAUUGAUAUUGAAGAAGUCAUGGAGGUAUGCUUAUUUUCAAUUUUUUGACCACAUCAAAGAGAAAGUAGCACUAGCAAUUGCAUUGAAAGUAGCUCGUUUGAAAGCAAGGCAGUGA